AUGGUGAUGUUUGAGAUGGGGAAUGUGGGGUGGAUAGGAGAGGAAAUAAUUUUCAUGGUGAUAGAUUCAAUAGAAGAGGCGGAACUUUUGGUAGGAGCAAAAGAGGAGGAGUUGUUGUUGUCGGCCAUGAUGAGGGGGGAGAUUGGAGGUGCUGUUAGGAUGUCAUACAGUACCUCACUUGAAUCAUUAGGAGAUUCACAAUCACCACCAAAAGAUGGAGAAGAGUGUUUAAAUGUAUUGAAUCCUAUCAUUGAUUUAAAUGCAAAUACUAAUGAAGAACCACUAACAAAUGAAUCAACACCGACAAAUGAAGUUGUGAAUGAAGAAAAUGUUGAGAGCAGUGACGUUGUUAUUCAAAAGUCCAAGAGGAAGAAAACUUCUCUAGUUUGGGAUCACUUCAAAAAAGUGGAAUUAAAGAAUGGAAAAAAAUGGCAAUGUAUACACUGUAAAAACAAUUAUUCUGUUGUUGCUAGUGGAUCAACCAGUCAUUUGAUGAGGCAUUUAAAACAAACAUGUCAUGUUUACAAGAAGCUAGUAGCACAACAAAAAAAAUUAAACUUUCAGCCAGCAAAAAGCAAGAUUGAUGAGAAGCUUUCUGGACCACUACUAAUGAAUUCAGGAGGUAAAUAUGACCAUGAAAGACAACGAGAAGUCACCGCACAUUGGAUUAUGAUGCAUGAACAUGCAUUUAGUAUUGUUGAGGAAGAAGGUUUUCAUUUUAUGAUGAAGUGUUCUAAUAUUUCAUAUGAGAAAAUUAGUCGGAAGACAUUGAAGAAUGAUUGUAUUGUUGUUUAUGAAGCUGAAAGAAAAAAGUUGAAGUCUACUUUAAGGACAGUAAAUAAGAUUUGUUUGACCACUGAUUUAUGGAAGUCACAAAAUCAGAAGAUAGAAUACAUGGUGUUAACUGGUCAUUUCAUUGAUGCUGACUGGGUUUUGCAGAAACGCAUUCUUAGUUUUGUUCAUGUUCCUCCUCCUCAGCGUGGUGUUGAUAUUGCUGAUGCUAUCUUCAAAUGUCUUAAAGAUUGA